AUGGACUUCGCUAUUGCGAAUAGGAUUUCCUACGAAUAUGAUCUCCGAGGCCCCAGUGUCAUGUACAAGACGGCGUGCUCAUCGUCUGGUAUCGGUCUCCAUCAGGCUUUGGAGGCUAUCUGGCAGGGAGGAAUCUCGUCUGCUAUUGUAGUGGGUACCAACUUGAUAAUGGGCCCUGGACAAACCAUUACUGGGAGUUCAAUGAUGACGCUUUCCCCAGAAGGAUCUUCGAAGUCUUUGGAUGCCUCUGCGGAUGGAUAUGCCAGGGGCGAAGCGGUCAACGCGCUAUACAUCAAAAGAUUGGACGAGGCCAUCCGAGACGGGAAUCCUAUUCGGGCUGUAUUUCGCUCCUCAGCCAGCAACUCCGAUGGUCGCUCACUUGGCGGAAUAACCAGCCCAAAUCUAGAUGCCCAUGAAGCCGCUAUAAGGGCCGCUUACUCUUCUGUCCGUCUCAACUUUGCAGAUACUGCUAUGGUCGAAGCACACGGGACCGGGACACCAGUCGGCGAUCCUAUAGAAGUCGAGGCCAUUGCUCGCUGUUUUGGAGGAGCCGGGGUGUAUCUGGGAGCAGUGAAACCGAACCUGGGCCACAGCGAAGGAGCAGCAGCUAUUACAAGCAUCAUGAAAGCAGUCCUUUCGCUGGAACAUCGUACCAUCAUACCCAACAUCAAGUUUAACCAUCCGAAUCCAUCGAUCCCAUGGGAGAAUAACAGAUUAGUCGUUCCAACCGAGGAACUCCCUUGGCCCGAGGGACGGUGUGAACGCUUUAGUGUGAAUACAUAUGGAAUAGGAGGCUCCAACGCUCAUUUCAUUCUUGACUCCGCCGCCUCGUUCAACCUUGAGAUCCCCAAAACUAUUCCGCCAUCGUUACAACCAAAGCGAACACCAACUCUGCUGCUGUUCUCAGCAGGAUUGCCACAAUCUCUCAAAUCUGUUGUUGAAAGACACAAGAGGUAUCUCGUGGAAUAUCCUGAGAAACUGGACGAUCUUGCCUAUACCAUUGGAGAGAGACGGGACCAUCUGAAAUAUAGGGCUUUCAGUGUGACAGACGGCACGGAGACUUUGGCUGAGCCUGCUGUGUUUACUUUCCAGGAUAGCCGACAAGCUGCUUUCGUGUUCACCGGUCAGGGUGCACAAUGGGCUAACAUGGGACGAAACUUAAUGAUUGACUAUCCAUCAUUCAUGAGAGACAUCCAGUCUAUGGAACUAGUUUUACAAGGCUUGGACCAUGACGCUCCAUCAUGGUCGCUUCAAGCCAUUCAGAUUGCGGUUGUGGACCUGCUGGCAUCUUGGGGGGUUUCCCCCUCCGCUGUGGUCGGCCAUUCCAGUGGUGAAAUCGUGGCGGCGUAUGCUGCAGGCGCAUUAUCAAAGUACGAGGCUUUGAUUAUAGCCUACUAUCGAGGACUUGUGUGUAAGAUAGCCACUGUACCUGGCGCAAUGGCUGCUUUAGGGCUUGGAAGAUCCGAAGUUGUGCCAUAUCUGGUACCUGGUGUGGGAAUUGCUUGCGAGAACAGUGCUUCCAGCAUCACUCUUUCGGGCGAUUCGGAAAGCCUGGAGCAAGUCCUCAGCACUAUAAAGAGGAAUAAUGAGGGAGCUUUCGUGCGAAAACUUCGCGUCGAGAUGGCAUAUCAUUCAGGCCAUAUGUCAAAAUUGGGAAAUAAGUACCGGGAACUGAUUUCGAGACACGUCUCCCUCAAGUCACCCAUCAUUCCAUUCUACUCUAGUGUAUACAAUGGCAAACGCCUAUUGGAAUCGUCUGAGUUCGGGCCCCGCUACUGGCAAGAGAACCUACAGAGCCCGGUGUUGUUUCACACGGCCGUGAAAAGCCUUCUACGGGAGUCGCCUCAUAUGGUCCAUGUGGAAGUUGGGCCACACCAUGCACUCCGUGGACCGCUCCGCCAGAUAUAUCAAGAAAUGGGCACAUCAGUGACUUAUAUUCCAACUUUAUCACGGGGUGAGGACGACACUCGCUCGCUCUUGUCCGCGUUAGGCCAGCUGUAUACAACAGGGUUUCCGGUUAAGAUUCCUUCUGAUCCCAGUCGGAACCCUCGAGUUUUACCAGACCUACCUCCGUACCCGUGGCACUAUGACCGAUCUUAUUGGUCAGAGACACGUGUUAUGAAGAAUUGGAGAUUCCGCAAGCACGCACCGCAUGACCUGCUGGGUUCUCGCACCACUGAAUCGACAGAGCUCGCUCCAGCAUGGCGCAACGAUAUCCGAGUUAGUGAUGUGCCUUGGCUCAAAGAUCACUGUGUGGGCCACGAUGUGGUCUUUCCUGCUGCUGGUUAUAUCGCAAUGGCUGGGGAAGCGGCUUACCAACUUGGGCAUACCACGAGCCCCCGCGAUUACACUGUCAAAGAUGUAGAGCUACGUCAAGCCUUGGUCCUCCAAAUGAAGAUCUCCAAAGAAAUUGUCACAACACUCCGACCACAACGUUUGACGACGAGCUUGGAUAGUGACUGGUAUGAGUUUGAGAUCGUCUCAUAUGACGGCUCCGCAUGGAAUAAGCACUGCUGGGGUUUCGUGCGUCGUGGACAUGCCACUCAUCCGCCGUCGCAUGUGAAGAAGAUUCUCCAAUCUUUGCCAAGAAAAGUGUCUACUGAUCGAUGGUACACAACCUUAGGCCGUAUAGGACUUAACUACGGCCCACGUUUCACAAAGCUGAGGAAUAUCACUGCGGGUGUAAGCGAAAGAGACGCAGUGGUUCACGUCGUGGAUGACCCAGGUGAUAAGUCCGAGUCGUUUUACUGCCUUCACCCCAGUACCAUUGACGCCACUCUGCAGUCAUGGAUGGUGGCUGCCUUUCAGGGCAUGUGCAGCUCACUGAAAACACCACUUUUGCCUACAUUCAUCAAAGAGCUUUACGUCGGCGAGGGAACUGGGCAGACACUUCAUAUCAAGACAACUGCUUCCAUACGUGGAGAUGGUCAUUCAUAUGGGGUCGGAGAAGAAGGUGAAACUUUGUUCCUGUUGAGGGGCUUUCAGGUGACACGCCUCCCCUCUGAUGAGAAUGUUCCAGCGCCUACAGCCCUUCAGCUGCAAUGGGCACCAGACUUCUCAUUCCUCGAUUCCAGCCAACUCACACGCCCAACAUAUGACUUCCGGGAGCAAACCAACCUCGUGGAAAGGCUAUGUGUUUUAUGUGCCUUGGAAUCAAGCCAACAAAUCCAGAGCGUCAACGCAACCCAGCCGCAUUUCGAGCGAUACAGAGGAUGGCUCGCGUCCCAGGUCCUUCACUUUCAAUCGCCAGGGUAUCCGCUUGUCGAUACCAUCAAGAUGGUAAGAAUGACAACCGACGAACGCCGAAGUAGUAUUCGCGAGACACUCGAGCUGUGCAAGUCAGUUGGUAUCGACGCCAUGGCAGAGGCAGUGUGGCGAGCAUACGACCAAAUGUCCAAUGUUUUUGAGGGGAAAACGAGCUUUCUAGAUCUCCUCAUCCACGAUGGCACUAAAUUCUUCCAACUGCUGGGUCACACCGAGCCUCAGAUGCGCAUUCUCGAGAUCGGCGCCGGCACUGGAGGUCUCACUGCGAAGAUACUCAAAGAACUUAGAAGCAGCUUCGGAGACCGACUUUACUUGCAGUACACUUUUACAGAUGUUUCGUCAGGCUUUUUUGUGGCUGCGCAGGACCGUUUCAAGGAAUUCGACGCCAUUGAAUACAAGGUUCUCGAUAUUUCAAAGGACCCAGUUGGUCAAGGUUUCAAGGCAGGGGACUACGAUCUAGUUAUCGCCUCAAAUGUCCUCCACGCGACGCCUAUCUUGCACGAGACCCUGUGCCAUGUGCGGACGCUCUUAAAUGACCAGGGUCGGCUGUUUCUACAGGAGCUAUCCCCAGUGACCAAUUGCGUUGGAUAUAUCAUCGGGUUGUUCACUGGCUGGUGGCUAGGAGAAGCUGACGGUCGUGCUGAAGCCCCGUAUUUGCCAGCAGAAGAGUGGGAUAAGAAACUACGCGCAGCAGGUUUCAGCGGCUGCGAUGCAGUGACUUUCGAUAAUCAAAGACCAUACAAUAUUAACGCGAAUAUUGUCUCACGACCUGCGACAGAUCUCAAGACCCAGGAACAUGUCAAAUUGCUCUCAGGGCCAUCGCGCAUUCACCUCCUGGCCAGACAAGUGGGAAACCUAUUAGAAAGUAGUGGAUGUCAUGUUGAGCAUUGUCAAUGGGGUGAUAGAGAGAUACUGGACUGCGAACAGACCGUUGUCUCCUUUGUCGAUCUCGAGCUGCCGCUCCUCAACAGUCCCAGUAAAGAAGACUGGUACUUUUUCAUCAGUGCCAUCAAGUCGCUACAGAAGAACACAAUGCUGUGGAUCACGAACGCGGCUCAGGUUAACUGCAAAGACCCUAAUGCAGCGCUAAUACUCGGAAUGGCAAGAACAAUUCGAUCCGAACUCGCUAUGUCUCUGGCAACCUUGGAGCUAGAAGACUGGCAGCUGCCAGGGGCCGCGCAGGCGAUCGUGAAUGUAGCCAGAAAGGUUCAACGGAGCAAAGAUAGCAUAGCAUCCCACCUGGAUCCAGAUUAUGAGUAUGCGUGGGUUGAUGGCGCCGUCCAUGUCGGGCGUUUCCACUGGUACGCGUCCGGCCAGUCUUUGCCAAUAAUUGGGGGCUAUGAGGUGCAAAUAAACGUUAAGGCCGCUGGGCUCAACUUCAAAGACGUGCUUGGCGCCAUGGGCGUAGUGCAUGGCGAAGACAUUUUUGGCACCGAAUCUGACUGGCUCGGCCUCGAAGGAGCGGGCUAUGUCAGUGGAACUGGUGCCGACAUUUCCCAUGUCAAAGUUCGCGACCGCGUCAUGUUUUUCGGAGCAAACUCCGCAGGGCUAGCGACCCAGGUACAACGCCCGGGUCUGUUCACCGUCCGCAUCCCUGAUGAACUUAGUUUUGAAGAUGCUGCCAGCAUGCCUAUAGUCUACGUCACCGUCCUUCUGGGCCUGGUGGAAAGAGCUCAGCUACAGAGGGGCCAGUCCCUGUUGAUCCACGCUGCGGCAGGCGGAACGGGAAUUGCAGCGAUCCACGUUGCGCGAUGGAUAGGCGCGGAGAUUUACUACACUGUCGGGUCUGAGGAGAAGGCCAAUUUCCUGGUUGACAAGCUUGGAAUGCCUCGCGGCCGCAUCUUCCACUCGCGUGACACGAGUUUCCAUGACGGAGUGAUGGCUGCGACCAACGGCGUUGGUGUUGACUGUGUGCUGAACUCGGUGUCAAGCGAACUUCUCCAUACCACUUGGGAAUGUGGUGCGCCUAACGGAUGCAUGGUUGAACUCGGCAAGCGGGAUAUGAGAGGCCGCGCUCUGAUUGCGUUCGACAAGUUUGAAAGCAACAGAACGUUCAUCGGACUCGACUUGCCACGAUACGUUGCGACAAAGAAAGCUACGGGCAGCCACCUCAUGGAGCUAGUGUUAGAACUCUACGUCAAGGGGCACAUCAAGCCCGUACACCCGAUUACUGUCUUCGAUACGACAGAGAUUGAAGAAGCCUUCAGGUAUAUGCAGCAAGGUACUCACGUCGGAAAAAAUGUUAUCCGAUUCCCAGAACUUGAAGAAAAUCUCCCCUGGACCCAGGCUAUUCCAAAGCCGACUUUUCGGGGGGAUAGAACUUACCUCCUCGUCGGUGGUAUGGGAGGUCUUGGACGAGCCAUCGCGGUGUGGAUGGCCACCUACGGUGCUAAGUACAUCACAUUCAUAUCCAGAUCCGCAGGAAAGGGUGAAGACAACCAUUCUUUCAUCAAGGAACUGGAGCUAAUGGGGUGCGCGGUACAGACUUUCUGCGGUGAUGUGUCUGAUAGAGAUUUGGUUAAUCACAUAGUAGCAACUGCGAUUGCUCCCAUCGCGGGAGUAAUGCAUAUGGCGAUGGCUCUGCGCGAUAUGGGCAUUCUCGACAUGGCCCUGGAGGUAUACCAAGAUGUGAUCCAGCCUCGAGUGUACGUGGGAUACUAUGGUCAAGCCAAUUACGCCGCUUCCAACACCUUUUUAGAUGCUUUUGUUCAGUACCGACAUGACCGGGGUCUUGUUGCUUCGGUCAUAGAUAUAGGUCCUGUGGACGAUGUGGGAUACAUAAGCCGCACACCGGCCGCCAAAGAGACGAUGCUGGCAAUGUCCGGCCGGCUUGUUUCAGAACGAGACUUUCUCGAGGUUUUGCAGCUCACCAUUGCGCAGUCGGCCAAGCCACCUCUCGUGGAGAAAAGAUUAGCUGGUACAAGCGGCAUCUAUUUCCAAAACCCAAGCCAAGUCACUCAGGCAUUAGGAUGUCGAUUGCCUAUCAUGGACCCGCAAAACAACAUUAUCUGGAGACGAGAUCCGCGAAUGGCCAUUUACCGCAAUAUUGAGACAGUGGCGGACGAAAGUGCAACCACCACAAGUGGCAUGAAGCAGUUCUUGGCUGCAAUUACGGAGAAUCCCAUUAAACUAGAACAACCCGAAGCAGCCGAAUUCCUAGCUUGUCAGGUCCGGGAUCGUGUGGCGGCGUUGAUGCGCAGGGAUGACGAAGAGCCACUGGAUUUACGGCUCACACUAUCUGGGGUUGGUGUUGACUCUCUCGUUGCUAUCGAGUUGCGGAACUGGUGGAAACAAAACCUUGGGUCUGAUGUAUCGGUUUUGGAACUAAUGAAUGGAGGCAGCCUGCAGUAUUUGGGGGAGAUGGCAGCGAAACGACUUUUAGACAAAUUGCAGAAGUAG